GCCAAGUUCAUCAUCCUAGAGCAGGCGUUCCUGGAGGCGCUGCAUGCGGGCGACUCCGCGGCAGCGCUGGCCUGCCUGCGGGAGCAGCUGGCGCCGCUGGGCGUCAACCCCGAGCGCCUGCACCAGCUCGCGGCCUGCCUCAUGUGUGGCGCGGGACCUGCAGCCCUGCCCCAGCCCAGCGGCUGGCAGGGCGAGCCGCCCUGCGACGCGCGGCACCAGGUGCUGCGCCGCCUGCAGGUGGUCAUCCCGCCGGAGGUCAUGCUGCCCGAGCGGCGGCUGGAGGAGCUUGUGGAGCAGGCGCUGGUGGCGCAGAUCGAUGCCUGCUGCUUCCACAACACCCCAGCCGCCCGCCCCUCCCUGUUGAGCGACUACACCUGCGGCACAGAGCAGAUCCCCACCUGCACCACACAGGUACUUCUGAACCACAGCGAUGAGGUGUGGCACCUGCAGUUCUCGCACGACGGCGAGAUGCUGGCCUCGUGCGGAAAGGACCAGACCGCCAUCAUCUGGGACGCAGGCGGUGGCGCGCGCGGCAGCACCGUCAGCAAGCGGCACGUGCUGCGCGGUCACAGCGGGCCCAUCGCCUUCCUGUGCUGGAGCCCCGACGACAGCAAGCUGGCCACCUGCGGUGAGGCGGCCCUCGGCCAGGAUGCGCUGCGGCUGUGGGAUGUGGCCAGCGGGGAGUGCCUGGGGGUGCUGCGCCACCACAAAGACCCCGUGACCUGCGCCGCCUGGUUCCCAGACGGCCGCCGCCUGGUGACGGGCAGCCACGACAAGCAGCUGUGCGUGGUGGGGCUGGAUGGCAGCGUGGAGCGGCAGUGGCGCAUCCAGCGGAUCCAGGAGGUGGUGGUGGCCAAGGGCGGGCGCUACAUCCUGGCCACCACGUGCGAGCGCAAGGUGCGCGUGUAUGACCUCGAAGGCGACAGCGAGAGCUACAUACCCGAGGCGGAGACGCUCAUCUCCAUGAGCCUUUCGCGCGACGGCCGCUACCUGCUGGUCAACCUGACCAGCAACUCGAUGCACCUGUGGGACCUCGGGGACGCGCCGCGGGAGAUGCACCUGCCCGCCAUGCCCUGCGCCAGCUACCAGGGAGCCAACCAGAGCCGGUUUGUGGUGCGCUCGUGCCUGGGGGGGCUGGACGACCGCUUUGUGCUGACGGGCAGCGAGGAGUGCCGCGUGUAUGUCUACCACCGCGCAACGGGCGAGCGGCUGCUGUCUCUGGAGGGCCACAGCGGCACCGUCAACUCUGUGGCGUGGAACCCCACAGACCCACACAUGUUUGCCAGCGCCAGCGACGACAAGAGCAUCCACGUGUGG